AAUAGCGUCGCGCCGUCGCCUCUAUCAACAAUUCUUCGCAGUUAUAGUUUUCCUGGUCAGAGGGAUAACGGACUCCGUACUCGGAUCUUCCAAAAUCCAUACACGGUUAAUGAGUUGAGGUUCAAUGGAGAUUUCGAAUUCCUCUGCAUUAUUUUUGACUCCUCGAAUCAGUCGAAUUCAGCUCUUCUACCGAGGAAGCAAUUUUAAUGUCCGAAAUCACAUGACUCUCUCUGGUUCGGUCAAUCGUAUUCAGACAAUGCAUUGUUUUCCUUCAGAUUUACAGAAGCAGUGCAAUGCAAAUUUUCCUGGAAAAUUGGAGAAUAGGCCAAUGUCUUUGCCUGCACAUGGAAUCAUAAAAUCUUCUAGGCAUGCUUCCCAUUCAUAUUUUUUAAGGCCAUGCCAAGUUAAAAGCGAGGACUCAGAAGGAACAUUGAGUGGGGAAAGCAUCUUACUAAAUGAGCAGAGCUUGGAGCAGGAACUACAGCUUGCCAUUCAAGAGGAGAAUUAUUCCCAAGCAGCAAAGAUCAGGGAUAGCCUUCGACUUCUCCACGAGGACACCAAGGCAUCAGUUUUAGCAGCAAAUGCUCGAUUUUAUAAUUCGUUUAGAAGUGGAGAUUUGGCUGCUAUGCAAGCUCUCUGGGCCAAGGGUGAUAACGCGUGUGUUGUGCACCCUGGAGUAAGUGGCAUAUCCGGCUAUGAUCUUGUGAUGGGAAGCUGGGAGUUUGUGUGGGCAGACUAUGAAUUCCCCUUAGAAAUUGAGAUCAAGGAUGUCCAAGUUCACGUUAGAGGCGACUUGGGAUAUGUUACUUGCAUAGAAAUGGUGAAGACAAAGGGCAGCAGCUGGGGAAAACAGUUCGCCACUAAUGUUUUUGAGAAGAUUGAUGGUCAGUGGUAUAUAUGCGUUCACCAUGCAUCAUAUAUCGACUUGUAAAAAUCAUGGAAACUUGAAAUUGCUAAAACUAGCUUGGAAUUUUGAAAUUUUGUAUUCUAUGCAGUAGUUGUAAACCCUUUUUAUCUGUAAUAAAAGACACUGCCCUGGACAAAUGAAUAGAGUAUCCAUAGCCUUUUUCAUGUUA